UGUCUUUACUGUACAGUAGUAGCAAGUAUAAGUGUGUGCUUGACAUGUGGUUUUAGGUUAGAUCUCGUGUUUUUAAAUAUUAUUUUAAAUAUUAUACUUGUUUUCUAUUAAUUUUUAACGUAAUAUUGUUCUUUAAAGUGAAAAUUAAAAAAAUAAUAGUUCGAAAUGACUGUUCAAGACAUGGAUAUUUGCUUAAAUAUUUCUACAAAACCUGUUGCUAAAGAGAAAAUGGGAAUAGAAAAUGAUUCUAUUCUUAACUUAAUGAGAGAAAAAAAAAUUAAAGAAGCAAAAAAUAAAGUUAAAGCAAGUAAUACGUUAAAUAAUGUUUCCGUUAAAGAAACAAGUACUAGUAAGAAAAGAAUUAAACAAAAAUCUUUAAGAGCAAUUGUUGCAAAAAAAUUGAAGGAAAGUAAUCAAAAUCAAUCUUCCGUUGUACAAAAUGAAUUAAAAGUUAAACCACAAAUAAAUAAUAUACAUAAAGAUUCGCAACAGGGAAUAUCUAAUGUAGAAGCACAUAAAAAUAAUACUGAAACAUCUAAUAAAAUUAAUGAUAUUUCUAAUAAUCCUAUUAUUUCUUUUACUAAGAUUACAAAAGAAAAUUAUGGUAAAACUAUAAUGGCAAGAAAAAGAAAGAUUAUAGAUACAAAUUCUAAAAGAACAUUAUCUAGUAUAUUUUCAAAACAAUCAGAAUCGGAAGAUGUUAGUUUGCUGAAUUCAUUAAAAAAAAUACAACAAGAACAAAGUGAAAAAAAAGAUCAAGAGGAAUCUAAAGAAGAAUCUAACAAAAUUUCUAGUUCAUUAGAAAAAAUGAAUUUUGAUAAGAAAAAAAAAAAGAAACAAAUAGAAAAAUUCAAAACCGACAAUGAUAAUGAUAUAGAAGAUGAUAAAAAUAUACAUUUCUCUCAUAAAUCUCUUGGAAAAAUAUCUUCCUUAUUUGGGCAUAAUCCAGAAAUACCAAAUAUUGGACAAAGACUAGUAAAGCCGAUAAAUGAACCAAUAUUUACAGGAACAACUUUUACUGACCUUAAUAUUCAUCCUUUCAUGAUAUCUAAUUUAGAACAAAAUAUGCACAUUACUAAAAUGACUACAGUUCAGCAAAAAGCAAUACCUCAGAUAUUUUCAAGGAAAGAUGUUUUAGUUAGAUCUCAGACUGGUUCAGGAAAGACACUAGCUUAUGCUUUGCCAAUAGUUGAAUGUUUGCAUAAGAUUAGACCAAAAUUAAAUAGAAAUAGUGGGUUAAACGCUCUUGUAGUUGUACCAACUAGAGAAUUGGCAUUACAAACUUAUGAAUGUUUCUUGAAAUUAAUAAAACCAUUUACAUGGAUUGUGCCUGGAUAUUUAGCAGGAGGUGAAAAAAGAAAAGCAGAAAAAGCCAGAUUGAGGAAAGGAUGUAAUAUUUUAGUCGGCACACCGGGUAGAUUGUUAGAUCAUAUACAACGAACUGCAGCUUUAAAAUUAAGCGAUGUUAAGUAUUUCGUUUUGGACGAAGCAGAUAGAAUGUUUGAUAUGGGCUACGAAAAAGACAUAUCAGGAAUAGUGAGUGCCCUGAAAGUAUCAACUCCGAGUCAAAAUACGGGAUACGAUGCUAUGAAAAUAUUACGUCAAAAUAUAAAGAAAUUCACAGACGAAGAUGUUGAACAUUUGAAAAAUAACGAUGAUUUAGAAGAAUGUGAAAAUGAUGAUCGAAAAGAAUCGAUCGUUAAAUCGAACAGGAAUAUCAAUUCAGAAUACGAAGAUAAAAUAGAAGACGUUGAACAAAAACAAAUAUAUCAUUCCAGCAGCGAUGAUGAUCCCGACGAAGGUGAGCCUUAUGUUAAAUCAAAAAAGUCAGAUAAACAAAAGAUUGGCGCAGCUCUUACGGAGAAAAAAGUAUUAAGAGAUAAAAAUGAUCGAAAAAUGAAAGAUGAUAAUAACAGCGAGGAUGAAUCAAGAAGACAAACAAUUUUACUUUCUGCCACAUUGACGCAAGCGGUUGAAAAAUUAGCCGGCCUUGCUAUGAAUCAUCCUGUUUUCAUUGAUGCUGCGAAAGAAAAUUUGGAAACGAUUGACAGCGAUGGGACUGAACUUAACGAAGAUUUAGUAGUUCCACAAAGUGUAAAUCAAAGUUAUAUCGUGACACCACCGAAAUUGAGGUUGGUCACUUUAAGCGCUUACAUUACAGGAAAAUGUCAGAGCCACGGCCAACACAAAAUAUUGAUAUUUAUGGCUACCCAAGACAUGGUCGAUUAUCAUACAGAAAUUUUGUCAUCCGUGUUAACGAAACCCAUCGAUGAAGAUGACGAUGAUUCCGAUCCUUUGGUAGUCAUGGAAUUUUUCAAGUUGCACGGUAGCAUGACCCAAAAAGAGCGAAUCGAGAUUUUCAAAACUUUUAGACAGGCGAACAGUGGGGUUCUACUUUGUACGGACGUGGCGGCACGAGGAUUGGACUUGCCAAAAGUGGACUGCGUGAUUCAAUACACGGGGCCGACGUCGGCCAGGGAUUACGUGCAUCGAAUCGGUAGAACAGCGCGAGCUGGCUCUUCCGGUUCAGCGACUAUCCUUUUAACACCGCCAGAAAUUGAAUUCGUACGAAUGCUCGAGUCUAGGCGUAUCAGAAUCAGGCAGGAGAGCAUGGACGACGUUCUGGAUAGGCUGAUGGGCCCGUUGUCCAAGCAUUCAUCCGCUCAUAACGCGGCUGUCGCGUUGCAGAACGAUUUCGAGAAUUUGAUACUCGAGGACACGAAGCUACGCGAGAGAGCGUGCAAAGCGUACACGUCCUGGAUACGUUUCUACUCGAGCUACCCUCGCGACAUGCGGCAGAUUUUCAAUCGGAGGGACCUGCACUUGGGCCACUACGCGAAAAGCUUCGCGCUCAGGGAGACCCCCCAACGAAUCGGCGGGAUAGGGAGGAGACUGCACGAGAAGGAAUGCACGAGGAAGCGGCAGUUGAACGACAACAGGUUGACGGGAAGCGGGAAGCCCGACGGGGAGCCGGCAAAGAAGAGAAGGCAGGAUCGUCAAGGUGGCGAAGAGGCGAAGAUGGGGUUGCUGAGGAGAGUCAGAAUGCUCAACACCUCCGAGUACGGGAGCGGCCUCGAGCCGGUCAAGAAGCCAAAGAAAUCCUGAGCUCUCGCCGCCGUUGCCGCCUCGAUUUUACUAGUAAACGGAAUGCGAUUUCCUUCACCGUGAUUCCCAUCUCUCGUGUAAAUGUAAUUUUGUAAAACAACCUUUUUCGUUUUUAAGCAAAAUCCAGGUUACUCGCCCGCCGUUUCAUCCAACUGCUUCCUCUUCUUCUUCACUUGGCAGUUGGGGGGUUCUUGACGUCCUAUCGAUUUCCUGGAUACGUCGUUCGUUUGCUGCGACGAUCCUAUAAUUUCCGGUUUUGAGCUAAAUAAGUAGAACAAUGUGCAAUAAUAUCGAAUAAGUGAAAUACUUGAGAUUGUGAUAUUUCCAAUGUUCUUGUAGCCAUUCAAAAUCACGUUUGAGAUCAUAGAAGUGCACCAAUCAUCAGUUUCUCAAAGAAAAAUUGGCCAGUUUUGACUUGGAAAGAAGAAUUCAAUUUAAGCAUCUUAUUUAAAAAACAGUCUGAAACAUCCAAUAAUACAAUUAUCAUAGAUUAUCGUUGCAGAAAACGAACGAUGUAAUUUCCCAUAAUAUAUACAUAGAAUACAUAGUAUACAAAUAUUUUUUCAAAAAAAAAAAAGGAAUAAUAAACGUCCAAGGUAGGAUGUA